AUGCAUGGACUGGAAAACUUAAAUGGCAAAAGUUUUUAUAUUCCUUUUAUUUUACGUUUGCAGGAACCAGAACCCAUAGACUGGGAUUAUUACAGAAAAGGGAUUGGCUCUCGUUUAGUUGAUAUGUACAAGCAAUCAUAUGACGAAGUUAAGAUUCCCCAGUAUGUUGACAAUGUCACUCCUGAGUACAAACCUAAGUUCGAUGCCCUGAUUAUUGCGAAUAAUCUUUUAAAACUUCCCNUAGAGCUGAAAGAGGUUGAGGAGAAGUCGUGGAAGGAGUCUGAAAGAGAAAGAGCAAAUCAAGAUUCCUUUUUUUUUUUUUCUUCCCAUCGAUCAACAAUAUCAAUGGCGGACGCCCUGUACAACACCCACGUCAAGCUCCUGGCCUCCGAUUUCCUCGCGCUCACCCCAAAACCCACAGACCCAUCGCCCUCCUCCAUCAACGGCAAAACCCUCUCGCGGGCAGAAACAGUCGGGUACGUCGUGACCCGCGAGCUCAAACCCGACAAAUUCCUACGGUUCGCCGUGGACGACGGCACUGGCUGCAUCCCCUGCAUCCUCUGGCUCAACCAGCUCACGUCCUCUUACUUCUCCAGGCGCAGCCCGCCAGGUGUUCGAUCUAUUGCCCGAAUGGCCUCGAAAUUCGCCGCCCAAGUUCAGGUGGGUGCUGUGGCCAGGGUACGGGGUAGAAUCACCGGAUUCAGGGGUUUUGUUCAGAUCACUGUUUCAGAUGUGGUCGUCGAGGUGGACCCCAAUGCCCAGGUUCUGCACUGGCUUGACUGUGUUAGGCUCGCCCGAAAAUGUUACGGUAAGGGUUGUGUUAAAGGGAAGAAGGUAGUCGACGUGGCAUUCAAGGCGGGAAGGACCAUCGACUGGGACGGCAUGCCAAGCUGCUCGUCUCCGACGAGGCUCGCAGGGAGUUCGCUACCCUCCGCCGUGCCUUCGACGAGGUCAACUCUCAGCUUCAGACCAAGUUUAGCCAGAUCUAUUGAAUUUAGCAUUUGGUUUCUGGUGGAUGGUGGUGAGGGUGAGGGAGGGGAGGUUUUGAUAGAUGACAAGUAUAUCGAGGGGAUUAUUUUGGUUAUGGGUUGUUUUUCGUUGAAGUUUAUUGUGUGUAAUCGAGAUGAUAGUUUGAGCUCUGAAGAGAAUAUGAUUGUGGUUCCAAAGUGGUAUUUUAUAAGCAUUUUGUUGAUGGGCUACUCUUGCUCAUCUCUACUGGUCUCUUUUCUUGUUUCUGAGUUGAGGAUUCGUUUCACAUUUCUUGUCAAAGAACCAGAACCCAUAGACUGGGAUUAUUACACAAAAGGGAUUGGCUCUCGUUUAGUUGAUAUGUACAAGCAAGCAUAUGACGAAGUUAAGAUUCCCCAGUAUGUUGACAAUGUCACUCCUGAGUACAAACCUAAGUUCGAUGCCCUGUUGGUAGAGCUGAAAGAGGUUGAGGAGAAGUCGUGGAAGGAGUCUGAAAGGUUAGAAAAGGAAAUUGCUGAAGUUCAAGAGCUGAAGGCGAAGCUUAGUACUAUGACUGCCGAUGAGUACUUUGCAAAGCAUCCUGAGCUCAAGAAGAAGUUCGAUGAUGAGAUUAGAAACGAUUACUGGGGCUAUUAA